AUGUGGCAGCUUGAAGGGGCAAAAUGCAGCUUCCUGUUAUGCCUGGGAAUGAGUAUUAUUAUUUGUUCCGUUAUUUACUUGAGGGUCAGUAUACCGACAGCACCCAAGCCUUCAGAGCCUUCAAGCUGCAGGCCCUUUUGCCCUGAAUGUGAAGCUGUCCUGCCCGGCACUGAGAUAGGAGACGAAUGGCUCCGCCGUGACUGCCAGGUGGAAAGCUAUAUCCUGAAUAGUCAACUGCAGUGUUCCAAUUUGGCCAGAGAGCUGCACUUCAUCACAAGACCUCUGAGCCGUGAGGAGGAAGACUACCCUUUAGCAUUUAUUUUGACUGUUCACAAAGAGCUGGAGGUUUUUGUGCGCCUGCUGCGGGCCAUUUACAUGCCACAGAAUGUCUACUGUAUUCAUGUGGAUGCUAAGGCUCCAUGGGAGUACCAGGAGGCCAUACGGAAGCUAGUCAGCUGCUUUCAAAACACUUUCCUCUCCAGCCACAGCGAGACGGUGACCUACGCUGGGUUUUCCCGUCUGCAAGCAGAUGUGAACUGCAUGAGGGAUCUUGCCCAGUCCAAGAUAGGCUGGAGGAAGGUGGUGAAUCUGUGUGGACAGGAUUUCCCUGUCAAAAGCAACCUGGAACUGGUGCAGUACAUGCAGAGCAAAGAGUGGAGGGACAGAAACAUGACGCCUGGGGUGAAGCAGCCGGUGCAUAUGAGGCACAGGACAGAGUUUGAGCACCUUGAGAUCACAGGCUUACAUGUUGUUCUGAAAAGGAUGGGGCUGAAGAAAAGUCCUCCUCCACAUAAUCUGCAAGUUUACUUUGGAACAGCCUACUAUGCUCUCACGAGGCCCUUUGUCUAUUUUGUUCUAAAAAGCCCAAUAGCACAGGAUCUCUUGGAGUGGUCCAAAGACACGUUCAGCCCAGAUGAGCACUACUUCGUGACACUCAACCACGUCAAAGAAGCUCCAGGCAGCCACAUAAAUGGAGAAUGGGAAGGAGACAUCCGGUCAAUCAAGUGGAAGGAUCAAGAGGGGAGUACACAUAACGGCUGCAAAGGGCACUACGUACGAGGCAUCUGUAUCUAUGGAAUACAGGACCUGCCUUGGAUCAUUGAAAGGAACAGCAUGUUUGCCAAUAAGUUUGCGAGAGACUCCUUUCCUGAGGUGCUGGACUGUCUGGAGCAGUGGCACAGAAACAAGGUGCUCAGCCAGUCGACUGUUCCCAUAGAGCCAUCAUGGCUGCUGGCUACACGGAGCAACUCAAGCAGCAGCAGCUACUUUAACAGCAGCGCUCAAGCAUGA